AUGGACCUGAAGCGCAAACACGUCGUGUUUGAGCCGUCCCCGGCGGGGCCAAGCGUGCACCCGGACCGGGCGGCGGUCGUCGAUGCCGCCGUCAAAGCGAAGAAACCCAAGGUGGUGUCCGCCCGGCAGAAGCGGUAUAAUGCGGCGAGGCAACGGAGGCAGCGCAAGAUCAAGGUGGCGAACAAGGCGGCGGCGCCCAAGGUUGGGGCGUGGGAGGGGGAGGUCGACAGUGAGGUCGAGGCUGAACGCGACGACGUCGCACCAAACGCGGCGGUGGACGAACGCGCGAUACGCCAAGCGGAAAAGGCUGCAAAGCGCGACGAGAGGCGGGGGGAGCGCAAGGCGCGGCGUGCGGCUGAACGCGCGUCCAAGGCCGUUGCCAAGCGUUCAGAGGGGGCGGACGAGGCGGACGAGACGACUGGAGAGGGCGCGGACGAAGCGGACGAGACGACUGCAGAGGGCGACGAGACGCAGGUCGAUGGUAUCCUCUCCGAUGGCGAUGUCGAGAGCGACGUCGAGAGCCUCAACAUCCCCGACCUUCCUGCCCGCCUCUCCCCGCCGCCACUGGAACCGUUCCCGCUCCCGCGCCUGGCCCCGGCGCCAGCCGCCGACGUUCUGAGUCGGCAAGGUCUGCCGACCGGACUGGCCGAUGCGUCGUUUAUCGACCAAUCUCUGCGGAUGGCCCUGGGAGACGUUGCGCUUUCCGAACGGAUUACCAAGCGCCUGACCGAGUUGGGGGUGGAAGACUUCUUCGCUGUCCAAGCUGCAAUCCUCCCACACCUCCUCUCACUGCCCCUCGUGCCUCGUCCAUACACCCGGCUGAACGACUUCCUCAUCUCCGCCCCGACGGGCAGCGGCAAAACACUCGCAUAUGCCGUUCCGAUCGUACAGGUACUUUCUAAGCGGGUCACUCCGCGGUUGCGCGCACUCGUCGUCCUUCCAACACGCGAUCUCGUCGUACAGGUCCGCGAAACGCUCGAGACUCUCGCUAAGGGCACCGGAUUACUGAUCGGAAGCGUUACGGGCCAACACUCGUUCGCGCACGAACAGAGUCAACUCGUCUCUCUGGGCGAUACGUUGGGUGGUAACUCCAAGCUCGAUAUCCUCGUCGCUACCCCUGGACGGUUGAUGGACCACCUGGCAUCCACGCCAAAUUUCACUCUCCAGCACCUCCGCUUCCUCGUCAUCGACGAGGCCGACCGCCUCCUAAACCAGAGCUUCCAGAACUGGCUCGCACAGGUUCUGGCACACACCCGCCCGCCCACUACCCCAGCGACAGGAGCCCGGGAUGCCCAUGACGCCGUGGCCGCAUCGUGGGCCGUUCCAUUGGGUUUGGCGAGUGACGCGUUCGAGGGAUCCGAGCCGCCAACCAGCACGUGCCAGAAACUCCUGUUCUCCGCAACUCUCACCCGUGACCCGGCAAAGGUCGCCGCGCUCGACCUGAGCAACCCCCGCUACUUCAUCGUCCAAUCGCCGACCCAUCCUCUGAGUGCGGCGGCGCUCGGAAGCAGUUUCGCCCUUCCUGCCGAACUGGGCGAGAAAGUACUCAUCCUGCCGCCUGCCCUCAAGCCGCUCAACCUCAUCCACCUCAUUCACGACUUCAACGCCACCCCAGCGUUGGUCUUCACGAAGAGUGUCGAGGCCGCGACGCGCCUCGUCAAGCUCCUCGAGUUCUUCGAGGAUGCGUACGUCGGCGGAAGCAAGGUUAGUGUACGCGCGUACACGCGCGACAUGGCGCCCGCCGAGCGCCGUCGCCUCCUCAAGGACUUUGCGGAUGGCAACGUGGAUGUCGUGGUCUGCUCCGACCUCGUUGCGCGUGGUAUGGACCUGCCUACCGUCGAGCACGUCGUGAGCUACGAUGUGCCCCUCGACAUGACAAAGUAUGUCCACCGCGCGGGACGUACUGCUCGUGCCGGCCGCGCCGGAACAGCCUGGACGCUGGUGGAGAAGCAGGAGGCGUUGCACUUCAAGGCCAUGCUCAAGGCGGCCGGGCACGAGCCGCAGGUCAAGAAGGUCAAGGUCAAGGAGGACGAGCUGGCUGGUUACCGCGAGAGCUAUGACAUUGCCAUGGCCCGUCUGCGCGACGAGUACGGACGAGAGUAG